AUGAACGAUAUUCAACCAAUAAUCUGCAAGUUACGAACAAAGGAAGGAAAUAUUAUAGAAGUACGAAAUCCUGAAAUUGUUUCAAAAAUUGGGCUUAUUCGCAACUAUUUUGCUAUGGUUUGUUAGAAAUAGUAGAAACCAUUUUUAUUUUGAUUUUUCAGAAUAAUUCUGUGACCGUACCAGAAAUACCGGUACAAAACGUUAUUGUUGAAGACUUGAAAUUUGUAAGUUUCAUAAUUAUUCUCUAGAUAAUAUGUUUAUUUAGAUACUUCGUCACAUGGCGAAGAGACUAAAUCCCGAAAGUGAACAUGAAACGAAUCAGUUAGAUUUAUUCAACGAAUGUGCCAACUUGAGCAACACACGGUUUCUAUCAAUUAUUGAGGUAAGUAAAAAUCUAUCGCUGAGACAAACAUAUGUUACAUUAAAAUUUUAGACAACCAACUUUAUGGAAAUACCAGACAUGCUUCAAGAACUUUCAAAAAUUUGUGCUCAUCAGUUUCAGGUUUGUUUUCAAUGAAGUUAUACAAUAGUACAUAAAUUUUUUUCAGAAAAAAACUUCUGAUGAGAUCUCAGAAUACUUGAAUAUUGAAAAAGAUAUAAAUGGAAUCGAAUUGAACGAAAUUGAAAAGGAAAAUAAUUGGUUUCAUGUGAUCAAAGAAAUUGAAGAAUAA